AGCCAAUAAGAGACCGAAAUAAAACUCACUUGCAACGAUUGCGUCACAACUGCAUAAAAACGUGCGUGAAACAAGAUGGAGGAAUAUGCGAGAGAGCCCUGUCCUUACCGCAUUGUGGAUGAUUGUGGAGGAGCGUUCGCAAUGGGCGCGAUCGGUGGUGGAAUCUUUUCCUUCGUGAAAGGAUGGAGAAAUUCGCCGGCUGGACAAAGACUCUAUGGUAGUAUAGGAGCAGUUAAAACAAGGGCUCCUGUUCUUGGAGGUAAUUUUGCUGUGUGGGGAGGUUUAUUUUCUACUUUCGACUGCUGUCUGAUGGGAUUAAGAGGUAAAGAGGAUCCAUGGAACUCAAUUGGAAGUGGCGCCAUCACAGGGGCUGUGCUAGCCGCAAGAGGUGGACCCUCAGCAGCUGUUAGAUCAGCGGCAGUAGGAGCCAUCUUGUUGGCAUUAAUUGAAGGAGUAGGAAUCUGUAUCACAAGAAUGACAGCUGAACAGUUUAAACCAGUGAUGCCUCAACCUCCGGACCCUGCUCAACUGCCACCCAAACCAUUCAACCCAACGCCACAGUCAACACAAGCUGGAUCAGAAUUUGAUUAUCAACCACAAUAUCAGUAACAUAGGAAGGCACCAAAAUCAUAUUUAGGCAUUGUUUUCAAGGGAAUUUUAUUCACGACUCUUCAAUAUCUUCACCAGGAGCCUUCAAGUGACAUUGCCUCUAAAGAACUAGUUGAAAAUGCAGUGACGUAAUGGAACAUAAUUACAUGCAAGUGAUUUGCCUUAUCAAGGAGACUAAGUUGAAAUGGUUUGAAAGAGCAUUUCACUGGGCAGAGCACAUCUGCCUUUACUGUCACCUGCAUUUUCAGGAUUGUGUUUGAUUGCUGCUGUUUAAAGACUAUACAUGUUCAAACUUUUUGUUUCAAGUUUUCAGCAGCACAAGGUGUUAAGGGAGACAGGGUAUUGUUAAUCAGUACCCGUCUUGUAAAUAGGUAAGUUGACACUACAAACAAGUUUGUCGAAACAUGGACAUGGUAAAGAGAUCAGUUGCUAUAGUUGACAACAGAGUGCCGAGUCUUUGAAACCUUUUUGUAGCAAGCCAUACUCUUCCAAUUUGCUUUAAGUUUUGAGCCAAUUACACUGUGUUGUAUUGUAAUUAAAUUAUGUUUUAAUUGAAAUAGCAAUUACACAAUAAUUUAGAAAAAUAAAGUUAUAUUUAAAAGGGUCUUUGUAAA